CAGCCGCGGUCUCACGUGCGCUGAGUCCCGACUCGCCGUUUUCGUUUCACUCGCAAUUUCCCAUUGCAAUAUUAAACAAUCUAGUCGAAUAGACUUCACGGGUGUAAUAUUUUGCAAUAACCACGAUACUGCGGCAGAAGGUCGUAAAGAAACGUUCAUAUUUUAAAGUAUAUUCGUGUAAAACGAUUACAUUUUAUAAAUUGCUUGAUUUUUUCAUAAAAUAUAUAAAUAUUGUUAAGUUAUAUACAAAGUUUGAAGUGGUGAAUAAUUAGUAAAAGUAACACAGUGUAGAAAGCUAGUGGAUUCAUAUAAAGGAUUAUUUUUGUGAUGUGGUAAAGCUUUCGUUUGCUUUGGAACAAUGCUGUCAAUAGAUUCGCUGUGGUGUGGAUCUGCGGAGGAACUUUCAACGUUACGAAGCUGUAAGACUGCUGAGAGAUCAGAAUACAGAUUCAGGCGUAGAUCAUCAAAGAGUCUUAUACCGCAAGCUUUGCUUCAUGCUCUCCCAGACACGCAGGUGCGGUCUCACCGGCAAAGACGCUCUGGCACGUGGCCGAGGACAAGGUCUCUGAACGCUCCGUCUCCAAUACAACAUUUUGGACCAUGCGGCAGAAUAAUGAAGAACUCGGCAAUGGUUAUGCAGAUCCAGGACCCGGCGUCUCAGCGUCUCACGUGGUACAAGCCGCCGCUCACAGUCCUCGUCAUAAAGAAGGUCCACGAUGCGACUAUACUAGCGCCAUUCGUCCAGCUAGUACAUUGGCUAGUUCAUGACAAAAGCAUGGUAGUGUUCGUCGAAGCGGCGGUGCUUGAUGACACAUUACUCAAAGAAUACGGUGACUUUUCGUCAGUCAGAGAGCGGCUGAUGACAUUCCGGGCCGGCACCGAUGACCUCACGGAUAAGAUAGACUUCAUCAUAUGCCUCGGUGGCGAUGGAACCUUGUUGCACGCCAGUUCUUUGUUUCAACAAUCUGUUCCUCCAGUGAUGGCUUUCCAUUUGGGUUCCUUGGGUUUCCUAACACCGUUCGAGUUCAAUAACUUCCAGGAUCAAGUAAUGAAUGUUUUGGAAGGUCACGCAGCGUUAACCUUGAGAUCGCGUCUGCAAUGCGUCGUCCUCCGUAAGACGACUGAAGACGGGAAGGAAAAGAAAAAGCCGACGACGAUACUCGUUCUCAACGAAGUAGUCGUCGACCGAGGGCCUUCGCCGUAUCUCUCGAACAUCGAUCUCUUCUUAGACGGGAAACAUAUAACCUCUGUGCAGGGUGACGGCCUGAUAGUGUCGACGCCGACGGGCAGCACGGCGUACGCGGUGGCGGCGGGCGCCAGCAUGAUCCACCCGUCCGUACCCGCCAUCAUGGUGACGCCCAUCUGCCCGCACUCGCUGUCCUUCCGCCCUAUCGUCGUGCCUGCCGGCGUCGAGCUCAAGAUAAAGCUAAGUCUAGAAGCUCGUAACUUGGCGAGCAUAUCGUUCGACGGACGAUCUCAGUUGAUACUCAGGCCAGGAGAUAGUCUGUACGUAACGACAUCAGUGUACCCAGUGCCAUCAAUAUGCGCUCAGGAUCAAAUAUCAGACUGGUUCGAUUCACUCGCGGAGUGUUUGCAUUGGAACGUUCGCAAGAAGCAGAAACAAAUAGACGAACUCAGCGACAUGACGCAUUCGUCCAGCGAUACCUUAGAGGAAAUAGACGCCAACCAUCACGACGACAGGCCGGCUGACACGUGACAGAUUAAAAAUGUCACAUAGACGGGCUAAUUUUUUUUAAAAUACACAAUAUUCGUUAUUGAAAUUAUGUUAUUCAGACUACCUUAAUUCUCAAAUUUGUAAAGUUAAAUUAUGGAACGUUUUCUUUUUAAUAUGAAUAAAUUUUUUUUAUCACAAACCUUUAAAAAAACGACAAUAUUACAGAAUUUCUUUUAAUGCAUUUCUCACAACAUAUUUAAAUUACAAGUAAUAAAAUAAUUAUAUAAUUAAGUAAACAAACUAUUAUUAUUUAUUAUUAUAAUUGUACAAAAUUACUCCUUGGAUUGUGGUAAUGAGAUGUAUAGAGUCCCAAUAAUAUUCAAUAUCUGUAAAUGUGUUCUAUGGCUGGUUAUAUCUGUUUGAUAAAAUUUAAAAAAUAUUAUACAUUGGGUCCAAUUAUUUAAAAGUAGCUGUUUAAGCCUGUUUUAUUUUACUAACAAUUUAUAAGUGGUAGAUUUUUUUAUAUUAAAUCAUAUUGCCCAAAAUUAAUGUCUUUCGAAAAAAUAAUCUCUGUUUUGUUAUUAAACUAUGUUUCUCUUAAAAGUAAUUUUAUUCUAAAAAAAAUAUAUGUAUAAAAUAAAUUAAAUGUAUAAUUUUUAUUGUGCACAUUUUCGUGCAAUUUGUGAUAGUUAUGAAACAUAAAUUAUAAAAAUACGUGAAUAUAAAGACUUACACAUUCCCUUGGACAAUAAAAAAUAUAUAUAUUGCGUUGUCUUUGUCGGGUAUGUUUUGAAAAUGUUUUACUAUAAAUGUUUACAAUUAACAAAUAUGAAUAUUGAUUUUACUAAAUGUCAAAAAACUGUACAUAACAUUAUUAAUAUAUACAAAUAAUACAGAUAUCUUAUAGUUACCUACAUAGUCCUCCUUGGAUUUGUUGCUUAUUUAUGUAUUAAGCUCAAAUAAAAUGAUAACAAACCAAUACAUACUAAGUUAAGGUGCUACAUGAAACAAAAUAGUGCCAAUAUAAAUUUUAACAGUGAAUUUUAGCUUAAAUGCACAAAAUGUUUAUUGAUUAUGUAUGUAAUUUAAGUAUUAGCAUAUUUCUUUAAUACACUAAGGUGGAAUGGAUAUUGUAAGUUCUUAUCAAAGAACAUUUUAGUAAGCAGUAUAUUUAUUAUACGGGAAAUUGUAAAAAACAAUUUUUGUGGGAUUUUAAAUAUAAGCUUUAUAAGAAAAAAAAUAUAUAAAGGUACAUCAAAUAAAUAUCUCAUUACAUACAUUUUAAUAUAAAUAUGUUAUAUUGAAAGCCAAAAUAGUGGUGCUGAUUUUGUGGUACAAAAUCUAUUAGGUUAAUUUAUUUCGGCAGGACUUGCUACAGUUUUCAACACACUACACAUUGAGAAGGUAGCAAAUAUUUAGGUUCUCUUUAAUAUGUUUAGGAAUCAUUUUUAAUUUAAUUGAUUUAUAAAUCGGCAUCAGUAUUUUGAUUUUAAUAUAUUAUAAGAUUUGUGAAUCUAUUCUUAUCUGUUUCAUUUGUGAAUUGUUUUUUGGAAUUUUAUAACAUGCAAAAUAAUGUCUUAAUGUUGAAAUAUUAUAAAUUAUACAGAUUUGACCGAUA